AUGAAGAAGAAAAAUAAUAGAAAAAAACUAAUUAACAGGCAUGAAAAGUCUCUUGUCAUGCAAGAGGCCCUAGACAGUGAAAAAUUCAAAAGAUGCUCACUUCAAGGCUUAUCACAGAAGGCCACUGAUCCCAUCCAGCAAUUGUUCCUGGACAAAAUCCGAGAGUACAAAUCAAAGAGCGCUGGAGGCAAACUUGUAGAAGCCAGCCCAGAAAUCGAAAGGGAAAUGAAAACAGAGCUUGAGAAGCUGGAGAAGCAGUAUGGCGGUGGUUCUGGUGUAGACAUGACAGCAUUCCCGACUUUCAAGUUUGAAGAACCCAAACUGGACCCCAUUGAUGAACCUAAGGCCACAGACAAGAAGAAGUGA